AUGCUUGAUGAAGCCUUACCCGUGAGAACAGUUCGCGCACACUGUACAGACAAACAGUGGAUGACCCCCAAUAUUAAAGCGUUGAUAAAAGCAAGACAGAGAGCAUUUACGAAAGGAGAGACACCGAAGUAUAAAAGUUUACAUGCAAAAGUUAUCAAGCUGAUAUCUAACGCUAAAGGUACGUACUACAUAUGGAAUAAUUACAAUAUACUGAUGAAUAAUUAUUAAAUUCAUACGAUUGAUAAUAUACGACGAAUUAUCUUUAUUACCAUUAACUUGGCCGCCGUCGUCGAGUUGCCCGUCCUACUCCUAUAACUAAUAGGUGGAAUUUUUCGCACGGAGCGGAAUUUCUCUUUGUCUUUUUUAUAAAUUAGUUCCACCCGAGAAAUCACGUGACAAAGAGAAAUUUGGCUGCGCGUGGAAAAUUCCGCCUGGUGGAAAAUGGCUAAAAUCCUAAGGGGCGAUAUUAUGUAUGUGUCUGUAACGUUCUGACUGCCUUUCAACCUGUAUUAUACUGUCCAUUGUCCAUAUCUUGUCCAAAGUCAUGCCUAGUUGCUCCUUGCAAUUUUACAAUUUAAACAUUGUAAAUAUACACUAUUAAUUUAUAUAUUCAAAUUCUGCUUGUAAGUUUAAUCACUUUGUCUGAAGUGUCACACGAUUUUUGUACAUUUCUCACGGUCUCACAACAUGACUCAGUUUUCUCACGAUUUUAAUUCUUUAUUUCAUUUCUUGCAAUUUACUUUGUCACCUCUACUUUAGUUUGAUACUAAGAUUUUAUUCAGACAGAAAUUACUUGUUUAUAAUUCUUAAAUUCCAGGAGCAAAGUUCGAGAUUUUAUCAGAGCAUUUUUAA